CACUGGGCCGCAGGCAGAGAUGAUCUGCCUAAACAACAUAUCAAUGUCUACCAGGACUACGGCCGUUUCUUAGCAGGAUUCGGAGUGUGGGUCGUGUCUAGGCUAGAGAAAGAAUAUGAUUGCUCCAGUUUGGCCAUCAACGCCCUGCGCGGAGCCAAUGAAGUUAUUGGCGGCUUUGGAGUAUACACCAGCUCAGAAGUGUUCUAUCUUGCAGGUAUCCCUGUGUUUAUAACAGAGCGGGAGUUUCUGUCAUCUCCUUCACGAAUGGCCAGGUUUUGUGAUGCCUUUUGGGUAUUUGCUUGCCGUGCCCACUUGGAGCUUGAAAAAUUUCUGCAACCCUACUUUGAUGGGUACAUCAUUGCUGUAGACAAUCAGCAGCAUAUGAAGUACUCGUACUGGCUUCACAUCUAUGCAAAACACCAAACGUUCAUGUCUGAAUGUAUGCGAGAGCUUGUAUCAACCUAUGUGGAUACAUUAGAUUUGCUUGGAGCAUGUCAAGGGCAACUGUUUGUGCGGUCUCCCGCUGUUGGGCUGUACGAUGUGUUUGAACCAACAUACCUCAGAAACACUCUUGAGAGAAGAGAGAACAACCUUGGUGGACUUGUAUUUGGACAGGAAUUAUGGUCUAAACUAGGUGAUACAGCACCUGACUUGGAGGAUCCAUUAUCCAGUGUGUUAUGCACUAAAGGUAUCUCUCUGACAGCAGAGACACAUCUCGAUCUGCCCAUCUAUGAGGCCACAUUAUUUGUGGACAAGACCAAAUUACAAAAGGCCUCUGUUCUCUCACGUCUUUACCGUGGAGAAAAUUCAACAAAGAAGCAGCUGUGGACAAUUAUCCCAAAUUAUCCAGAGAAUAUUGGAAGUCGAGACAGACAUACUACAAAGUAA